GGGCGGGGCCGGUUCCGGAAGCGCUCGGCGGCAGCGUUUGCGCGCCGGGCUCCGGGCGGGCUGGUGCGGGCGAGGGAUGGAGGUGAUCAGAAGCAGUGAGUGAUCGGCGGCUCUCGCUCAUCUCGCGGCUGCGGGUUCCGAGCUGUGCGCGGUGCUCCCCGGUGACCCCGCUCCCCCUCCCCGGGCUGGCGGCGAUCUCCGGCCUUCUUCUCUUCUCCCGCGCCCCGCGGGGACGGCCCCGAGCGGCGGGCGGGAAGGCGGGUGGGCGCGGCGGGCGCCUCAGGCCGGUCGCCUCAGGGAUCAGCGAUGGGCCUUCUGUUAGUGCAUUAACCAAUGGCUUUGACACACCAGAAGAACGGUAUCAGAAACUUAAAAAGCAUUCCAUGGAUUUUUUGCUCUUUCAGUUUGGCCUUUGCACUUUUAAAUAUGACCACACGGAAGAGAAGUAUAUUAUGAAGUCAUUUAAUUUCUAUAUUUUUCCAAAACCCUUUAACAGAAGUUCACCGGAUGUCAAGUUUGUCUGUCAGAGUUCAAGCAUAGAUUUUUUAGCAAACCAAGGAUUUGAUUUUAAUAAAGUUUUUCGCAAUGGAAUUCCAUAUUUAAAUCAGGAAGAGGAAAGACAGCUAAGGGAACAGUAUGAUGAAAAGCGUUCUCAGGCCAAUGGUGCAGGAUCUCUCUCCUAUAUUUCUCCUAAUGCCACAAAAUGUCCUGUUGUAAUUCCUGAAGAUCAGAAAAAAAUCAUUGAUAAAAUAGUGGAACAAAUAGAAGAGUUUUUAAAGAAUGAAGAAAAUGAAAGUUUGGAACUGGAGCCGUGUACAGGAUUUCAGAGGAAAUUAAUUUACCAGACCUUGAGCUGGAAGUAUCCAAAAGGUAUCCAUGUUGAAACCCUGGAGUCAGAUAAGAAGGAGAGGUAUAUUGUUAUCAGUAAGGUAGAUGAAGAGGAACGAAAAAGAAGAGAACAGCAGAAACAAGCAAAGGAACAGGAAGAACUGAAUGAUGCAGUAGGAUUUUCCAGAGUUGUUCAUGCCAUUGCAAAUUCUGGCAAACUUGUUAUUGGGCACAACAUGUUGCUAGAUGUUAUGCAUACUAUACACCAGUUCUAUUGUCCUCUACCUGAUGACCUAAGUGAAUUCAAAGAAGUAACGUCAUGUGUCUUUCCCCGGCUAUUGGAUACUAAGCUGAUGGCAAGUACGCAACCUUUUAAGGACAUCAUUAAUAAUACAUCCCUUGCAGAACUGGAAAAGCGCUUAAAAGAGGUUCCAUUCAGCCCUCCUAAAGUUGAAAGUGCAGAAGGGUUUCCAAGUUAUGAUACAGCUUCUGAACAGCUUCAUGAAGCGGGAUAUGAUGCUUACAUUACUGGACUAUGCUUCAUCUCCAUGGCUAACUUUCUAGGUUCGUUCCUUAGUCCUCCGAAAAAUCACGUGUCUGCUAGGUCAAAACUCAUCGAACCUUUUUUUAACAAGCUAUUUCUAAUGAGAGUAAUGGACAUACCAUAUCUGAAUUUGCAAGGACCAGACUUGCAGCCAAAACGAGAUCAUGUUCUUCAUGUCACUUUUCCCAAAGAGUGGAAGACUAGUGACCUUUACCAGCUUUUUAGUGCCUUUGGUAACAUUCAGGUUUCAUGGAUUGAUGAUACAUCAGCGUUUGUAUCAUUGAGCCAGCCAGAACAAGUACAAAUAGCUGUAAAUACCAGCAGAUACGCUGAAAGUUACAGGAUCCAGACAUAUGCAGAGUAUGUUGAGAAAAAACAUGAAGAAAAGCGAGCAAAGAGAAAAUGUACAGAAGAUAGUUGGAAGGAGAUGGAGAGAAAACGGUUGAAAACUCAAGGUUCACCUUACAUUUCCCAGAGUCGAUACUACUGUAUUAACAGUUUUACAGGCACCAGUAUAGUGGGAAAGAGAAGUAUGAGUCCUAUUCAGGAAGAAACUGGUCCUGACAAUUUGGAAGAGGAAGGGGUUCCAGAAGAUCAGACAAACUCCUAUGCGGAGUCCCCUCCAGAUGUUAAGAAGAGAGCCAAAAGGUUCAAAAAAAUCAAGAGCGAACAAGUUUCAGCAGGAGGCCUCACAAGUAAUUCCACUGAAAUUUUUGAAGUCCCUGAAACAUGGUAGGAAAUAACUGCCUUAACAAGUGGAAUUGAUUGAAAGCAGUUGUGAGAAUACACCUCCCGGAAGCCAUAAUUUAUUUAACUAAGGUGGUGUUAACAAAUCAGUAUGCGUCCUGAAAACCAGUUUAAUUAUUUUAAACUGUUUACUGAACAAUCACUGUCAAUUUUACUUGUGUGUAUAUUAACUAGUAUAUGAUCUUGUUGUUGAUCAAGUGAAAUCCUUGCUGUUAUUAAUGAUGUUAGAUUUAAGAAGCAAGACUAAAUGUAUUUCAGUCAUCCAUUUCAGCAUGUUGGCUAUGAAAUGUACAAAAAGACCUGGCAGUCUAUGAUUUUGUGCUGGACUGUUUACUGUGCUUGAGGGGAGUUACCACAAAUCUCCUAAUCUUUAGAUAUUUUUUCAGGCAACAUCAGUGUGCUGUCGGACCUCUUGAUACAGGCAGAACUGUGGUUUCACGUAUUGCUUUCUACCUGUUACUAUCUGGAAAUCGUUUUUUAGUUUUCCAUUCUCUACUUCACCCCCAGUGCAGCCAGUCUUCAUCUGAAUACCAACUUUACAGAUACCCUGUCUUUUCCAAAAAUACAAUUUAUAUGCUCCUUAAAUAUGAAUUUCCUGGUGGGAGGUAGUUUUUUCUUUGUUUUCACAUCUGCUGCUGUUUUCACCUUGGGUCCCUAUCUAUUUCCUCCCUGUUUCUUUCCCAUCUUGUGGGAUUUUGUUAAAAAUGUUUUUUUGGUACCUGUGACAAACCUGCUAUAACUGUACCAGCCCUCUAUUUGUUUAAAAAAGAUCUGCAUUGGUAGAUUUCAGAAGAUGUUUGAUAUUUAACAUUUUUGUAUCAUGGAAAUAAAAACAAAAGAUGUAUUUCCAUAAAAUGAAAAUUAAAGAAAUUUUCUUAGGAUGUGGUUUGCUUUUAUGUAUUGGCUUCUGAAAUGUAUUUUUUCUGCUCUUAUUUUGUUCUUCAUAAUACUAUUUUUUUAAAUUAUUUUUUAAUCUUCGUAAAGUUUUCAGUCUAUGUCUGGCAAACACCUUGUGUUUAUGGACUAACUACUCUCAAGAUAUCUGUGAAAUAUAACGAAGAAAAGCCAAGUCUAUUGAAAAAAGAUUGCUAUGCAUUUCCCUUGGAAAAAAGUAUGAGGGUUCUGCAAAUCAGCAAGUUGAAAACCAUUUCUAUGGAAAAGUAGGAUAUUAAGAAGGUUACAUCAGAUUGUACUUACAUCACAGUGUGAACCAUUGUCACUUUAACUAUGCAGUAACCUGCUUGAAGGUAUGCCGAAAUUUGUGGGUUUUUAAGUGACUGCAAGAACUAUCUUGAAUCUUCAAAUUGCUUUGCAAAAGGGAAAAAGAUUUAAAUCCCUCAAACGUGAAAUGUUUUAUUUCUAAUCUUGGAAUACUGCUGGAAGUAGUGCACCUAAAGUUUGUUGUUAUUGCUAGUUUGUUUAGUAGCAGCCAUAGCAUAUUAUUGCUCUAAAACAUGGGACAGAAGACUGUUAUUAGCGACACUAGGGGGAAUUAUCAACAGAACUCUUCUGAUCCAAAGUGUAUGUAGCAGCAUGGGAACUUGUCUUCAUUUCAUUACAGUAGAGAGGCUUAAAUCCUUUUCAGGUGAUUAUUUUUGCAUGGAGAGUAGGCUGGGUGUAUAUUUCUCUAAGCUACGGUACCCACUAUUUCCAGUGUUCUUCCCACUCUGAGUUUUGGAAAGCAGGAUGUUUUUUUUUUUUUUAUCUCCAGCUGUACUUAGUACCUCUUAAGAAAAUAAUGCUGCUUUGUUUUCUAGUGCUUGCAUAGCCUUUGGUUUUAUCUGAUAAUACCUACUUACACUAAUAAAAUGAGAUAGGAUUGG